UACAAAAAGAAACCCGAUUAAAAUAUCUAUGCCGUGUCUAGUGACUGUAAAACAUUCAACAUUUUGUAAAAAAUUUGAUAUUUAACAUCAAACCGAAAACUACAAUACUUGAAGCUCCUUUACGCGAUUAAUUGUACUGGAUAGCCCGGCGCCGAGUGGGGUCAUUUGGUGUCACUACCGAUAAACUCUUGUCCGCAUCCCGGCCGUAGGACCCACUUUAUCAUUCCGUAACUCAAAACAACACUCUACUACAAGUCGAUAUGGAGCCUCCUAUUGAGGAUGAACGAGAUGAAGUUCUAUACUUCGCAUAUGGCUCCAACCUCUCUUCGGUACAAAUGCGCAAGCGGUGUCCUAGAUCUACACCCGUUGGCCUUGCGUACCUAUCCGGGUGGACAUGGAUUAUCAAUGAGCGGGGUUAUGCCAAUAUCGUGGAAGACAGGACUAAAACAGACGGCAUCUACGGUAUCAUCUAUCGGCUACAUCCAGAUGACGAAGAAUGGUUGGAUAUGAACGAAGGUGUUCCGUGGGCUUAUGAACGACGAUUUAUCGAAGUUGAAGGUUUGGCAUCUGUGUCUACAGCGAAAGACAAAGGGGAGGGGGAAGUUGAAUCAACUGAUCAAGAAAAAACGUCUGAGAAGAUUCAGGCCCUUGCAUAUAUCGACUUCCGCCGAAUCCGACCAAGUCAUCCAAGAAACGAAUAUAUUUACCGUAUGAACGAUGGAAUCGAGGAAGCUAUGAUGCAGUGGGGACUACCUGAGCAGUAUGUUGAUUCUGUUAUAAGACCAUCCAUUCCUGCUGGGGGUAGGCAAUAAAUUUCAGAACACGAUAGUUGCAACUAAGUUUUUAGCAUGCCGAUAGCAAACCA